CUCUUUAUCUCCUCCUUUUCUUUAUCAUCGUCUCAUACUUCCAUCCCACAUACAUCCCACCUCUCUCUUCCUCUCUUCUCCCUCCCCUUCCUCUUCAUCAAAAUGUUUUCAAGAACCAGAAGCAUCUUCCACAUUGAAGAGGAAGGAGAAUGGGAUUUUAAUAUCAGCGAGGGGGGGUUUGCAGCAGAAACAGAUGGAGCUGUAGGGCUUCAGAUCAUUACAAAACAUGGUGGAAUCGAUUCCAAAGCCUUGUUCAGCUCAGCAAUGAAGAAGAAGAAGAAGAAGAAGAAGAAGAAACCAGUUCUUAAGCAUUUAUCUGCUGAUCAUUUUCUCAAGUUUUGCUGCGCAUGCAGUAAAGAGCUUAGCCUUCAAAACGAGGUUUACAUGUAUAGGAGAGACCAAGGAUUUUGUAGUGUAGAGUGUCGUUAUCAGCAAAUUUUGGAAGAUGAGAGAAAAGAACUUGAUUCAAACAGCAGGCUGAGAAUUAUGAGGACACCUAAUUAUCAGCAUGAGAGAUCAAAAAUUCAAGAAUCUAGCAAGAGAGCUAACAUUUUCGUUGCUGCGUGAAUAUGUGCGGACGACAACAUUAGUGUGAAUUUUACCACGCCAUUGUUGACACCGCACCGUCGCCCGCAUGUACGAUUGUCUGUUUGUUGUACUAGGAACAUAUGUGGAAUUGUAUGAAGACUUUAUAUGAACUAAAACUGGGAAAUAUAUAACUUCGUAGAUGCAUUCA